AUGACCAACCCAGGCCCAGGCUCGUACAAUCAGAGCCCGAGAUUGGGUGAAGGCCCAAAGUACACAGCUGUCGGCAAACGUGGAGGAUACAAGAGCUCAGACGUCCCCGGGCCCGGCGCGUACCAGGCGGUGGAAGGGACCAUGGAUUUCACCUCGUCCUCGACCCGUCUGCCAGCACAUUCGCCCAAGUGGGGCUUUGGCACCUCCACUCGGGAGGCCCCGGCGCAUAUGAUGGCCGCGGGCAAGCCAAAGGACAUCGAACUGGAGGGGUGA